ACUUGUUCUAAAUUCUAUCAUUUUAUGUUUCAUGAAUUUUAACAGCACAGAAAAAUUCCAAGUUUUUCUGCUCCUACUUUUGGGGUUGAGCAAGGUUGUUGGUGCACUGAAAUUAUACGAUCACAUUCCAUGGCAUGCGACUCAUCCCCUUAAUAUGCCGCAACUGAUGAUGAUGAAAUGAUGAUUCUUCCGUGCGUCAACCCCCUCCACCAAAAGUGAUCACAGACCUGAAGCAAGUCCUCCCGUCUGUUACUCUUUUCGGUCAAUGUGUGUGUCAUCGUGUGCCAGAAGGACGACUUGACUACCUCUGCCAGACAGGUCAUAGUUGGAUUUCUGGUCAGUCUAUUGCAAGAAGUCAAGAAAUUCACACAGAAAUAUGAAUUCAGAGUCAACUACUCGACAUCGCCUACAUCAUACAUCGCUAACGGAUUUCCCGUACUCUUCCGAGGAGGAUAGCUCAAAUUAUCCUGGUAGUCCAUAUCAGUUUCAAGGAGUAGUUUCAACUGGAGAAGCCUACAAUCAAAGCUGUUUGGACAAUUGGCAUGUGGAAUAUAUUGUCAAUGACGUCACAUCUCUUACAAAUUCCCAGCAAUUCUAUGACAAUUUAGAGCCCGGUGAGACUUCAUCUUCGUCCCAAAAGUCCUUAAGAAGCAGACAUAACCGUUCCUCCCAGCCACCAAGUCCGACGGUUCUGAAAAAACGCCGUCAAGCAGCCAAUGCCCGUGAACGCAAACGAAUGAACGGAUUAAACGAGGCCUUUGACCGUCUUCGAGAAGUUGUACCAGCUCCAGCAAUCGAUCAGAAACUUUCCAAGUUCGAAACACUACAAAUGGCCCAAACCUAUAUAGUGGCAUUGUGUGAGCUCCUGGAGAAAGGUGGCGACGAACAAACAUACUCGCUAUUUACGGACAACAACAACUCUUGCCAAGGAAUUAGUUUGCAAUAG